CCAAUGCGUCUCUUAGCCCUCCUCCCCCUUUCUCUCCUUGCCCUCGCCGUCGACGCUGCCUCAGAUGUCCUCCAGGCCCCCUUGCAUUCAGCCCCCGCUCCGCUUUCUGUAACUAUCGUAGACGCCCUCGGCAAUGACCCGGACUACGAGCUCCUCCUCAAGCUCCUCCGUCGGGCGAAGCUUAUCCCUACUCUCAAUAAACUUAAUGGCUCCACCUUCUUUGCUCCCACAAACGACGCUAUCCGUCAACACAACUCCCUUAAUCUUCUCGCUCAUGACCCAAUACACGACGACGACUCCCUGGCAGACAACAUUCAAGAGAAGCUCCGCCAGGACCUAUUCUACCAUCUCCUAAACUAUACUAUCGUCCUCCCUGUCGAACAGGAUAUUCAGGUCCUCAAGACCCUCCAUUACCCACACAAACCCCUCCAACCACCCACUCACCAGCCCCCGCCCGGCCCUCCGUGGAUGCCCACACCCGGUGGCACCCUCGGCGGCGAGCCACAGCGCCUCCGUCUCGUCUCCCGGGACGGCGAAGUGCAUGUCGGCGUGGACGCUUUCGGAAGCGGAGGUGCAAAGGUGAUCAAGGGCCUCAACGCCACCUCCAACGGCGUUCUCGUCGGAAUAGACAGGGUCCUUGCCGUACCUCCAGACUUGGCAAGCGUGGUGGCAGGCACUCCGUCUAUAUCCUAUUUCCAGCGAAUCCUUACCCCAGAGCUCGCUCGAUUACUCAAUUCAUCGUCCGAGCUUACUCUCUUCUUGCCCGAAGAUUCAGCGUGGGAUGCGCUUCCUCCCAUCGAGAGGCUCUACCUCGAAAGCGAGUUCGCUUCCGACGACCUCUACCGUAUCUUCAACAUGCAUGCCGUAUCGCUCGAUUCCGUGAAAUGGUCAGAGUCAUUCGAGCCCGCUGUCAACCUCACCACCGUUGAUGGACAGACCCUCGAGAUCGUCACGACGCCCGACAAGGUCCUCGUGUCCGACGCAGAGCUCAAGCAACCCGACAUCUACGCCGCCAACGGCGUCCUCCACACCGUCUCCUCACUCCUCGUUCCCCCAGGUUCGCUCAAGAUAACACCCGAGAAAUACCUCCUCACGCUCAACUGCACGCGCUUCAUCUCCCUCAUCCACUCCGUCAACCUCACCCACCUGAUCAACGAUACCGACGCGACGUACACCAUUCUCGCCCCGCAAGACGACGCGAUUUCCCUGUUCGGCGAGGACGAGUUGCCCGAGAAAGGAACCGAGGAACUCAUGAAACUCUUGAAGUAUCAUUUCUUACCCGGGAAAUGGAAAGCGGACAAGUUGAAGGACGGGAUGUUGGUCGAGACAUCACUCGACGAGGCCGGACUCGACGGGAAGAACCAAGUCCUUCCAGUCGAGGUGGGCGACCACCACGCAGACAAAGACGUACCAUCCUCGAUCCGUUUCGGUGACGCGUCCGUAGUCGGAGAUCCUGUGCGCGUCGAGAACACCGACGUCCUCAUCUACUUCAUCUCCCGACCUCUCGUCCCCCCCGCCGACGCCAUGGCCGUCUCGCUCCCCAACCUCGACCUCUCCUCCUUCCUCGCCGCCAUCUUCUCCGCCUCCCUCGCUGACAUAUUGAAGACCGCCCCUCGCACGACGCUCCUGAUCCCACAUAACGAAGCCUUCAAACGCCUCGGCAUGCUCGUGAGCGACCAUCUCCUCUCCGCUUCCUCUAAACAGGAUCUCGAGAACGUUAUAUUGCAUCAUACGAUCGACGACGUCGUCUAUGCUCAGUCGUUCACGAACCGCACCGCACGCACCUAUGCGACGCUCGAGGGCUCGGACCUCCACGUUAAGAGGACGGAGAACGGGACGCUCGUGAUCAAUGCCAGUGGCGGCUGGGACGGGCUCAGCUCGGAAUUGUAUUUGAAGAAUACGCUCUCCCGCACCGGCGUCAUCCACGAACUCUCGGACGUCCUCAUCCCGCGUUCGGUAGACCUUACCGUCGGCAAACUCGUCAAAGCGGCGAAGGGAACGACCAUGGCGUCCUUAAUCUCCAAAGCCGGCAUGGAAUGGAUCUUAAACGGCACAGCGCCGCCGGACGACUCGAAAUGGUCGAAAGAGUAUGGAUUGCAGGGUACGGGGUGGACUUUACUCUGUCCGACGGAUGACGCGUUCAAGCAUAUCAAUCUUACGAGGUUGUAUGCGGAUCAAGGCGCAUUGGAGGCUAUAGUCGGUCAACAUCUGAUUAAAUCGGAGAAGAGACCGGAUCUGGUGGAAACACCGCCGAACAAUAACAGACCGCUCUCCCUGGCGAACUCGGUUUCCUAUCCGACGUUGUAUUCGACGCUUGCGGAUACUUCCUACGGCGACAUCAUAUUCCGCACCAUCGACCUUUCCUCUCCUCCCAACUCCGGCUCUCACUCUUCCUCUCACUCUCUCUCCGCAGACCCCUCGUCCCCCUCCAACCUCGUCGUAGGAAUCAAAGACGCCCGCGGCACCGACGGCACCGCCGACUGGGCCAAAAUCACAUCCUGGGGCCGUUCCACAACCGGCCCUGGGUCCGGCUCCGGCGGGGUCAUCCAGAUCGACCGGCUCUUGCUUCCAUAUCAUCCCCCGUGGUGGAUCGAGUUUGGGCCGCCGGUGGUGGUGGGGGUGUUGGGAUUGUUGGGGAUUGUGGGAUUUUGGUGGGGCGUGGGGAGGGUGUGGAGGAGGGAUGCGGUGGAGGCGACUUAUGAGCCUGUGGGGGGGUUUGAGGCGGAUGGGGAGGAGGAUGUUUAGGGGUUUUGUUGUUGUUGGUUCGUUCGCUCGCUCGUUCGUUCGUUCGGGAGAUGAGUUGGGAGGUGGAGGGAAGGGGAGUAGGAGAGGAGAGGAGAGGAGGGAAAGGAGGGAAGGGAAGAGGAGGAGGUGCUGUUUAUUUGGGCAUUGUGGAUUUUUGUGUACGUUAUGGGUUCAAGUUGUAGUAGUGAAGCCGGUUUAUUAUAGUACAAAGUACAAUUGCCGUUUUUUGUUUUUACACUGUAUUGCAUGCACUGUGCAUAUGACGCUGGGAUGUCUAUGUCGAUGUCGAUAAUUUCGUUUUCGUUUUCGUUGUUCGUUGUUUCAUAUGGUAUAUGUAAAUUUGGGUGGUCGUUAUUUGGUGGUAUGGUGUAGCGAGCGUGCGUGUAUCCCCCUUUGAGGGUUGGCGUGGUGAUUCACG